GAUCCAUCUCUUUCAGUUCCGCCAGUUCGUGCGAGAGGAGAGAAGCAAAAGAAAGCCAUUUUCGUUCGUGCGGAUAGAGAGAGAGAGUCAGAGAUCCCCCAAACGGCAACGGCGAAGAAGCUCGUAAAACCCAAGAGGCGUCGCCAUAACCGGAGCCUGAAUUCCCAGGUACUAAUCUUAGACCUCAAUCUUCACUCCUACGAUGUUCGGAACCUCGUUCAUUGCAAAGAACUGAGGCAAUUCCCGAACUUUAUUCAUAACACACGAAGUUUUAUUCGAAUUUAGUUAUCCAAUCUUAGGGUUAGGGAUUGUAUUAAGGUUUUUGGUUUGGGGACCAGGUGGUCGGAGAUAUGAAAGGUUGGUCGCACCAGAACUGAGGCAAAUUUCUUGGUUGUUUGAAUUUGAGGUUUUUUUUUUUUUUUUGCCAUCAAAACGAAAGGUAGAUGCGAAUUUAGUUAUGCAAGGUUAGGGUUAGGGUUAGGGAUUUUGUAUCGAAGGUUUCGGUAGAAAAGACAUGAAAGGCCGGUCGCACCACCGCCUUCAGAGUUCGGAUCCUCCGGACGACUGGGUCAAUGGUUCUUGGACCGUUGAUUGCGUCUGCGGUGUGAAUUUCGACGAUGGGGAAGAGAUGGUUAAUUGCGAUGAGUGUGGCGUUUGGGUUCACACUAGGUGUUCCAGGUAUGUGAAGGGAGAUGAUAUUUUUGUUUGUGAUAAGUGUAAGAUCAAGAACAAUAGAAAUGAUAGCGAGGAGACCGAGGUUGCUCAAUUGUUGGUUGAGCUUCCAACUAAAACUAUGAGGAUAGAGAAUUCUUAUGCGCCGAAUGGGCCGCCUCGCCGGCCCUUUAGGCUUUGGACGGAUAUACCGAUUGAGGAGAGGGUACAUGUCCAGGGGAUACCAGGCGGUGACCCUUCUUUGUUUGGUGGGUUGUCGUCGGUUUUUACGCCGGAGUUGUGGAAGUGCACUGGCUAUGUGCCCAAGAAGUUUAACUUUCGGUAUAGGGAGUUCCCUUGUUGGGAUGAGAAGGAAGGUGGUGAUAAUAAGUUGGAUGAAGAGAAUGAGAAUCCUGUGGAUAAAGGUGCUGGUGUUCUGUUCUCCUUGUCAAAGGAGAGUGUGUUUGCUACUCCAGUGGCUGCUUUGGUUGGUUUGAGAGGUGGAGAUGAGGAAGCUACACGUAAUCGGAAGGUCUCUUUGAAAGAGGCAAAAAAAUGGGGGAGUGAGGGUAUAGAUGCUAGGCGUUCAGAGAAUGGUGGGAAGAAGGAGAGCAGCUUAGUGCGCCCUGUUGUGUUACAUUCUGGUAGGCGGAAGAAAGAAGAUUCGGGGAUAUCUAAAGAUCGGAGCGGAAAGAAGAAAGCCAGAACUACUGAAAAAGAGGUUGAUGCUAAGAAGAGAGGUACACAUUCUUCCAAAAUAGUGUUUACACCCACCAGUGAUGCAAAACAAUUGGAAUUUUAUGAAGACAGAGCUCCGAAGUUUCCUAAAGGUGAAAUUCAGAGUACGAAGAAUAAGAAUUUGAAGGAGACAACCAUUAAAGAACCUACAUCCAAUCCUCACCUUGCAGCUCAUGGUAAUGUUGAAAAGCAUUCUACAGAAGCCUUAUCUUCAAAUGUGUCUAGACAAGAUUUUCCAAUUGGUACUGGACUGAAGGAGGAGAAGAUUGACCAUCAGCAUCCUGCAGUGCUAGAAAGUUCUCCUAAAGAGGAUGACGCUGUUGGAUCAUCAGUUCAACGCGAUAAUGUGAAAGAAGAGGGAGAUAACAUGACAGUUGGUAAGCUGGAUGAUAGCUUUGAAAGCUCUGAUAAAAAUGUUGACAACUCUCUCGUCAAAGAUGUGCCUGGUGUUGCACUUGAAGUUAAAGACAAUCAAGUUCAAGAUUCUUAUGUUGACACGUCAUUGAAGUCUGAACUGCCUAAUCUUGAAGUGAAGAAAGAACUCGAUCACAGCUCUGGUUCUCUGCCAAAUAUUCAGUCUUCUCCUCAAGGUGAUGCAAAAGAUCCUGGCAUAUCUUUGGGUAAGAUGUUGGAAACUUCUAAACUCAAUAGUGCAACAAUAAGUACUUCACAGUCCAGUGAUGAUAAGGCAGAACAUCUUGACCGUUCUUUGGAAGCCGUCGGCAAUUCUCAUAUGAGCAAGGCCGAUCAAUUAUCUGGUGAGCCUUGUCAGCUUAAAUCAGAAUUAGAGAGCGCAGAUGGUUUAAUGGCUUUGCAGAAAACCCCUUCAGAACAAAAAAAGGGUUCUGGGAUUCCUGAAGAGCAUUCCAGAGCAGGAGGAACUAUGUUAAACUCUCAGGGAUUGCCCAGUCAGCGUAACAUGGUAGCGUGUUCUGGAAAAUCUUCUUCAAUGCCAACCACUGUAUUGACUGCCAAAUCAUCUAGUUCUGAUAAUGUCAAAUCUACUGAUGCUUCAAACCAUAAUCCUGUUGCUAAACCGCAAAUCACAUCUGAAAGUAAUGCCAAUGUGAGAAAAGAUCGUUGUCCACAUGAUGUCAGGGAAGAGGAUAGGGAUGACGUGCCGAGGAAAUCUGUGAAAGAGCGUCCAAAAUCAAUUUUACAUUCUGCUCCAAAACCCUCCCACCCAAGCAGGAUAUCACAUGAUCCGCUUUCCAAGAAAACAACACCAGAAUCAAAAGAUAAUGUGCUUUGUGUGUCUUCCAAAACAUCUUCAGCUGCAAAUACUACUGCAGUUUCUUCAGGCUCUGUUGAGCCGACUGGAUCACUACACCAUCAGAAGGCUGUACAUACGCAUAAUAGAACUACAGUUUCAGGGGUGCCCCCAAAAGGUGAAAAGUUUAACCAGCCAAAUAUCCAGCCUUCCUCUAAGAUUAAUCAGAAUCACACGACUUCUGUGUGUCCGCCUGUUCUUUCAAGUUUACCUGCUACACUAAGCGAUGAGGAGCUUGCGUUACUGCUGCAUCAAGAACUCAACAGCUCUCCUAGAGUACCUCGUGUACCACGUGUGCGCCAUGCAGGUAGCUUGCCUCAGCUGUCUUCUCCAAGCGCCACGAGCAUGCUGAUAAAGCGUACUUCAAGUUCUGGAGGCAAAGAUCACAGCUCCGUAUCUAGAAGGAAGUACAGGGAUGCUCCCAGAGAUGGGUUCCGAAGUUCUCGUGAGGUUGCUGAUGAAGGUAAAAGGAAGGAUAGAGUUCCAUCUUCUCAUGAUCUUAAUAGACAAGAUACAGAUGAUACGGCAGAAGCUUCUACCAAGAGGGAGGAAAAUGGAUCUUCGGCAAUGGAGUCUGUCAAGAAGAAUAUGCCUUCUACCUCUGCUGCCACUAACAGUGGUCCUUCUUCAUCCACCGAGGCCAACGAGCGUAAUAUGUCCUCCAUACGAAGUUCACCUAGGAAUACUUCUGAUGAAGAUACCGGCACUGUUGGUGGUCCAAUUCAUCGUACUUUACCAGGCUUGAUUAAUGAGAUUAUGAGCAAAGGGAAGCGCAUGACGUAUGAGGAACUCUGUAAUGCUGUGCUGCCACAUUGGCACAACUUGAGGAAGCAUAAUGGAGAGCGUUAUGCAUACACAAGUCAUUCACAGGCUGUACUUGAUUGCUUGAGGAACCGACACGAAUGGGCUAGGUUGGUUGAUCGUGGUCCCAAGACAAAUUCAAGUAGGAAAAGGCGCAAGCUUGACGCUGAUGAUUCAGAGGAUAACGAGUACGGCAAAGGGAAAACUGCAAAUCAAGUCGAUAGCAAAAGCCUUGAAUCACAGAAAGAAGACUUCCCCAAAGGCAAGCGAAAAGCACGAAAACGCAGGAGACUUGCUCUUCAAGGCAGAGGAGUAAGGGAUAUCAGGAGAAGACGGAAACAAGAAUUGAUCAGCGAUGAAGAUUUUGGAACAUCGUCCAAUUCCAGCGAAGAUAGUAUGUCCAGUGAGGAUGAGAUUCAGGGAGGUGGAGCACGUCCUGAAGGAAGUGAGGCCUCAGUUAGUUCAGACGAGACUGGAACCAUGUGAUUUUAACCUUUUCAGCUGGACACCACUGUGAAUGUAGAUGUUAGAUUAAUAAUCUCUUUUUGGCAGCCUCCGAAGAUUCUUCCGAGUCCGAGGCAGUAGUCUGCUUCAUGGGAGCACCAUUUAUGUUUUGCUAAUGCUUGGAAUAGAAGGCUGUUUGUAUUUACGGUCUCCUGGUAGUAAGGAUCCCGGUUAGGUCAAUGUGUCGUUUUCACUGUUGUUCGAUGAGCAAGUGAUCUUAGUGAGACGAACAUGGCCAGCCAUUCCAAAUCGGGGAAGAUUGCUGGUGGUUGGUACGUACUUGAAUCUAAGAAUUGCAACACUAGUGUACAUGUGAAUUCCAUUUGUUAAGUGAAGCGUGUAUUAAGUAGGAGCCUUAAGAGUGUCGAGGCUAUAAUAGGAUACUAUAAGUUAGAUGUAAAUUUUGACAGGAAGCCAAAUGAAUUAGCUUACCGUUCUAGUAAGAAUUCUUAAAUAAUACACUCUCUUGUGCAUUUUUCUUUUCC